GGUUUUUCUCUCGGGUCUUGGGCUUCAAAUUUUGCCUCGGGGGCCGCAGUGGAGAUGGCGGGCCCAGUGCGGGGCCGUGUGGGGCAGAGGCUGCAGGAGACCCUGCUGCGGUAUGGGCAGGUGGGCCUGGUAGUGCACUUCUGCCUGAGCAGCGUGAGCUUGGUGAGCUGUUUCUUCGCGGUGCGGCACCAGCUGCCCGUGGAGAAGUUGUUGGACUUUGUGGGCGCCAGCCCACAGAACCACGACGACAGCUCGCUGGGCCUGGGCAGCAGCAUGGUCAUGGCCUUCGUUCUGCACAAGGCGAUCAUGCCCCUCCGGGUGCCCGUGACCGUGGCCGUCACGCCGCUGGCCGCAAGCGUCUGGGCGCGCCUGAGCCGCGCCGCCCGAUGACGUGAGAUGAGCCAAAUGAGAGCGCCGCGGGACGGAAGCGCCAGAUUUUUUCCGCUGUGAACCCGCCGGAGGCGCCGCUACCCGCGAGUAUGCGGCGGGUCAAAAAUGGGGUAAUCGCCCCACAUGGGUUGCUUUGGCAGAACCGGUAAAUCAACAAAUCACAACGUCGCCUCCCUCCGCGGGAGUGAACCCCCCUCCAUUUUCCAGGCCCCGCAGGGCCGGUAUUUUCCAUUGCUCCAGGGGGCGAAGAUCCAGCGGUAACCGACCGCGAUGGGCCAAACGUGGCGGGCGGAGCAAACGGACUCCCUUGCA